UGCAACCGGCAUCUACACACUUCAAGUGAUUUCUCCGUUGUUUUGCCAGUGCUUCCUGAUUCGAUCCGUCGGUUUAUGUGAACUUAAUUGGUAAUAAGCAGUGUAAUUGAAGUUUUAACAUGACAGAUAUUCCGAUGGAAGUGCAACUGUCCGCGGAAAAACGUGAAAUUGAUGUGGAAUUGAUACCUGUUUUGGUUAAGUGUAACAAAGGCGGAUCAAAAGCUCGUGAUUUCCAAAUAACUAAGGAUGUGUUUAGGUUGGGUCGCGGGGCGGACAACGACGCAAUUAUUAUAGAUAUCUCAAUUUCUCGUAAUCACUGCGUGAUAGAAAAAAAAGAUCAACAGUGGAUAAUAAUAGACUCGAGUUCCUCCGGAACGUUCCUAAACGGUGUAAAAUUAAUUCGCAACGUGAUUUACCCCCUGAGCCUUGAUGACGAACUAGAGCUGGGAGACACAAAGCGAUUUCUAUACACCCUGAAGAUGUGUCCAAAAGGGGACGAUCCAGAGGUGAAACGUGCAAGAAUGGCGGAGAAGGUCAUGGAGGUCUCAGCGAGACAAAAGAUCUUCGAGGAACGCCAGGAGGCCCAGAUGAAGGAGAUGGAGGACAAGAUUCUGCUAAAGCAGAAGCAGACAGAGGAGCUGACGACUCGCCUCGACGACCUCCGGAGACAAAAAGAGGCAGUCCAAGGGGAAUCCCUAGAGAAGAACAAUCAGAUUAAGGUGCUGGAGGAACAGAUCAAGAUCUCCAAGGACAAUCAGGUUCAGCUUCAGGACAGCCUGAAGCAGCUUGUGAACUCUAUGACGGAAGAGAGGAGACGAUUCGAGGAAAGACUCACUGAGGAGAGGAACAAGUGGCAGGAGGCACUUGACAUGACGAAGCAGGAGAAAGAGGUAUUCGAGAAAAAUAUGGCAGAGCAGAUGAAGAACUGGAAGGAACAACAGUUGAGUACUGUUGUUAAGGAGAAAGAGGCCCUGCAAAAGAAGGUCGAGGAGACCGAGAAAGCUCUCAAGGAACAGACAGCUGUUGCUGAACAGUUCAGGAAUCAAUCUGUGCUGUUAUCAGAAGUGACACGGAAUAAAGACUGCUACCUUUACAAAGUGAGCAGUGACAAAAAGGGUACGAAGCUCCAGGUCUUGGAAACAAUCGACUUAACUGGAGAAAAUGCCCCCUCGACUUCGAAAAAAAGUAUCGAGAUGGGGACUAAAAUAAUGACAGCCAUGGAUGAACAGUUUACUUGCAGCAUCUGUCAGGAACUCUUCGUGAUGGCGACGACUCUCAACUGUACUCACACCUUUUGCUCCCACUGCAUUCGUUCCUGGAGAAGAAAACAACAUCUCUGUCCCAUUUGCAGAUCACCGAUAACCUCGAUGAACAGAGCAUUGGUGGUGGAUAAUUUUAUUGAUGAGGCUAUCAAUAAUCGUUCAAAGGAGGAGCAAGACAAGAGGCAACAGCUAUUCAAGGAAAGACGAGCCCUUGAAAAUCCUGUGAUUGCUACACCCUCUCAGAGAGGAGGAGUUGCUAGACGAGGAACUCCAGGGAGAUCAGUCCAGCAGGUUAGGGUUGCUCCACCCCAGGCAAAUCCUCCACCUCGAGCACCAGUUCCCAAUCAAGCCAUUCAAAUUGAAGUACCAGCGACAACCGUCAAUCAGAUUCGAAUAGCUGUGCAGAAUGCUGUGCAGAACAUACAUUUCCCUGGUCAAAACACUGUUGCCCAGCUUCCAGGGGCAAUACGACAGGUAGUGCAGCAAUUACGAAUGCCAGAGCCUGCGCAAAAUGCACGUCCAGGAGCUCCAAGAGCACGUCACAGGGCCGGAGAGCGAAGGUGAAGGGGAUUUACUUAUUGAGAAUAUCAAUGUUGACUGAUGUGGUUUCGAUCUUUAUUUUUUGUUUUAAUCUAGUGUUGCUCACUUUUGUACUUUCAAUUCAUAUAAACGGCUAUUUUUUCUACGUACGA